AUGUCCAAAUCCGAUAUCGAGAAUAGCUCGGAUUCAGAUACGAACGCCGUGGCUAACCCGGUCAAACCAACAGUCUGGCAGCGUUUCAGAGCACAUAUGAAGAGGUGGUGGUGGUGUUACUUGAUCGGACUCGGUGUUGUCGUCCUUGGAGUCGUCUUACCACUCGUCUACCUGGGCGUCCCGCACUUCGCCAACUCCUACAUAAACAACUAUAAGUACGACUACGAAGGCCUCUCAAUCACAAAUCCCCGCCCAACUUCAUUCCACGUCCGCCAAUCCAAGAAACUCAGCAUGGGCGGCGGAUUCAGCGGCAGCGGCCACUUAUCUGCGUUCAACGCCAGCUGCAAGAUCCCUUCUACUGGAGAACAAUUCGCGGUCUUCCCCGUGCCGACGAUCGAGUUCAGCAAUGGCGCGACUCUGGAUAUCGACCAGGAUCUAGAAGUGACAUGUGUUGAUUGUUUGGCGCAGUUGGCGGUUGAGGCGGCAACGAAUCAGAGCUUCAGAGUACUGGUGACUGGGACGCCGGAUUUGACGUUUGGGGUGCUACCAACUGCUCACUUGGAUAUUCACAAGAUGAUGAAUAUGAAUGGGUAUAAUGUCACGGGUGAAUUCGUGAACGCAAAUGAUGCUUUCAAUGUCACGACCGUGGAUCUGUUGGAUACGCCGGUUGAUGGAUUCAAUGUGAAUGCUACCAUCAGUCUCCGUAAUCCCACGCCGUUCAUUGUGGAAAUGGACAGGGUCAUGUCACAUUCAACCUCAGCAUGGGGGGGCUUCGACUUGGGCUACGUUGAUCUCCCCAACUUGAUGCUUCAGCAGGACAUCUCCAGCACCAUUGUCCUAGGAAAUAUCAAUACCUCAAUGCUGGUCCAUGAGGCUAUUCUGGGCAGUGGAGAGCUCGGUGAAGUCACCCUCGACAUCAAGGGUCACAGCUGCGACUAUAAUGGGCAUGAAAUCCCCUACUUCGCAGCAGCCAUCAAGGCCGUCCAGGCAUCGGCAACCCUUGAUUUGCUGCAGUAUGUCUCAAGUCUUGACUCGCUUUAG